AUGAGUGACAGUGAUGAAGAAGAGGUGGUGGUGUCGAAAGGUAAAUCGCGUAAAGCUAAAGGUAAGGCAAAGGCUAAGCGUGUUGGUAAUUUCAUGCAAACCUUAGGAGGACGAAUUCCUAAAACUAAAAUAAGUGGCCAUCAUAAGAAUUCUGCAAAGCGUGGUCGGGUUCCCUCCGAGGAAUCGGAUGAUGAUGAUGAAUCUGAGGUUGAAAUGCUUAGUAUAUCGUCUGAAGACGAGGAUGAUGAUCACAAAAGUGGAGACAAGAAGGUGAGUAAUAAGAAAAACGAUGAUGAUAAGGUUCCGGAAGGUGGAGAACCUACUAAAUGGAAACAAGUCAAUGAAUCUGAGCUUGCUCGAAGGGUCCGUGAGAUGAGGGAGUCUAAAGCAGUUCCAGUUCCAGUAGUCGUAACUCAAAAAAUUGAAAGAAAACAAACGAAGGGUGCAAAAGGGCUCAACAACUUACAGUCCUUGCCCCAUGGCAUGGAGUGCAUAGAUCCCUUAGGACUGGGGAUCAUAAGUAGUAGAACUUUGAGGUUGAUGACUGAGCGCUCAGCAAGCUCUCCAUCAAACAACGAAAAAGUGGAUGCAGACCUUCGAGAGAAGCUGAUGUUUUUCUCAGAGAGGUUUGAUCCAGUAUUAUUCAUUAGUCGAAUACACCAAUAUACUUCAGCUGCAGACUUGGAGUCUGGCACUGCGGCUUUGAAAAGAGACUUGCAAGGAUGGACCCAACAAAGGAAACAACUAGUCAAAGAAAAUUUUGACUGCUUCGUCUCAUGCAAAACUACUAUUGAUGAUAUUCAAUCAAAACUAAAAAGAAUAGAAGAAGAUCCUGAAGGUGGAACCUCUCAUUUAUAUACCUCUAUCCAAGCAGUCAAUUCAAUGGCAUAUCGGGCGUUUGAACCACUGCUUGAAAGACAGGCUCAAGCAGAAAAAAUCAGGGCAGUUCAAGGAGUGCUUCAGAGAUUUCGUACUUUAUUCAAUUUGCCAAGUACUAUCCGUGGAAACAUCCGUAAGGGAGAAUACGACUUGGCAGUCAGAGAAUAUAGAAAAGCAAAGUCAAUUGUCCUUCCUUCUCAUGUUGGCAUACUAAAACGCGUUCUUGAAGAGGUUGACAAAAUUAUGCAUGAUUUUAAAGGAAUGCUUUAUGAGUCGAUGGAAGAUCCACAAAUAGAUCUAACAAAUCUUGAGAAUGUUGUAAGACUGCUCUUGGAUUUGGAACCCGAGUCAGAUCCUAUACGACGCUAUUUUGGCAUUCAGAAUCGCAGGAUUCGUAGUUUGCUUGAGAGGUGUAUGUUAGAUCAUGAUUCAAAAAUGGAAAGCUUGCAAAAUAAGCUACAUGAGAAAGCAUUGUCUGAUGAGAAAUGGAAGAAAAUUCAGCAAGACAUACAUGAAUAUGUGGACGUUAGUUUGUUAAAUUCACAACAAAAUGAUUCGGGUGUUGAAGAACUUGAUGCUCUAAGAGGAUGGUAUAUAAGAAGAUUAACUGCUGUGAUUAUUCAUCAUAUACCACCGUUUUGGAAAGUUGCACUCUCCGUUUCAAGUGGAAAGUUUGCAAUGGUUUCUGGUGACAAGAAUAAAACUGAAGUCAAAGAAGAGGGAAGAUAUUCCAAUCAUUCUCUUGAAGUUGUCUCUGCAAUGAUACAUGAAACUGUAUUAGUAUAUGAAUCCAAGGUCCAGAACACUUUUCAAGAACUUGAAGAGUCCAAUGUUAUUUGCCCAUAUAUGAGGGAUGCGAUAAUGCAUAUAUCUAAAGCAUGCCAAGCUUUUGAAGUAAAAGAAGCAGCACCAACAGUUGCAGCUGAAUCUCUGCGGACACUUCUAUUUGAGAGCACGAAGAUUUAUAUAGUAAGGCUUUGUUCAUGGAUGAGAGCUUCAACUGAAGAAAUAUCAAAAACAAAAUCUUGGGUCCCGGUGACUGUUUUAGAAAGGAACAAAUCUCCAUAUGCUAUUUCUUCCUUACCAUUAACAUUUCGUUCUGUUAUGGUAUCAGCAAUGGAUCAGAUUGAUUUCAUGAUUAAGUCUUUAAGAGGUAAAGCGACUUCAGAAGAUACUCUUGUGCUACUUCAUGAAGCUCAAGAAUCUGCUAGGCUUUCGUUUUUUAAUUGUCUACUUGGCUUUGCUGGCCACAUGGAGCAGAUCGGAGGUGACCUUGGCCAGGAUAUGUCAAAUGGAGAAUAUCCUCAUAUUCUAGAAGAAACUUUGUAUCAUCAUCGUCCUGGAAGCAUUACUGAUCCACACCAACAAUUAUUGAUGGUUUUGAGUAAUAUCGGAUUUUGCAAAGAUGAUCUUUCUCGCGAUAUGUACAAUAGAUACAAACACGUGUGGCUUAAGUCCAGUGUAGAAGAAGAUGACGACAAAGAUCGAGAAGAGUUGGUUGAGUCCUUUUCCACGCUUGAAGAAAAAGUCCUUGCAAAAUAUACUUUUGCUAAGGCAAAUUAUGUUAGGACAGCUGCUACAAACUAUUUGUUAGAUGCUGGAUUACAAUGGGGAGGAGCACCUGCAGUAAAAGGUGUUCGGGAUCCCGCCAUGGAAUUAAUGCAUACUCUUGUCACUGUCCAUGCAGAGGUAUUUGCUGGCUGUGAACCCUUGCUUGACAAGACCCUUGGAAUUCUUGUGGAAGGCCUAAUUGACACAUUACUCAGCCUUUUCCAUGAGCAAAAAGAAGCAAAUCUCAAGCUACUCGAUGCAAAUGGUUAUUGUCAACUCAUGCUUGAGAUUGAAUACUUUGAGACUAUACUAAAUCAAUAUAUAACAUCUGAUGCAAGUGAAUCUCUCAAGUCGUUACAAGGGAUUUUGUUAGAAAAAGCUACCGAGAGUUGCUCUCAUGAAAGUGUUGAUGAUGAUCAACAUCAAGGAACUAUAUCGCCUGAUGACCUCAUAGCUCUUGCACAACAAUGCAGCUCAGAACUAUUACAAUAUGAGCUUGAGAGAACUCGGAUCAACACUGCAUGUUUUAUGGAGUCAUUUCCGUUAGAGUUUGCUCCAGAGUCAGUCAAAGUAGCUUAUGCAUCAUUCAGAGGCUCAAUGGAUGCUUCAAGUACGGUUUUUAUGAGUGCGCAAGCACUCAACUCAUCCCAAAGAUGGAGAUUAUAAUACUGAAAAAAAGCAUGGUGUUAGUGAGAUUUUUUGCAUAUUGGUUGCUUCUUUAUUCGUUAUUCAUAGAAAUAUUUUUUUCUAACUAAGCCACCUUGUGUAUAUAUUGUUAUUUCUACUUUCAAGGUAUUCUUGUAAUCUUUUUAUUC